GCGAGCCGGAAGUCCCGCCUGCCGAGCAGCGGCUGUUGUUGUGACAGGGACCGUGACAGCGACAGGCCCGGCACGAGCCCCCGCCCCCUGCACACGGGCCUUGCCGCCUCUGGCUUCGCUUCCCGCCCGCCUGCACCAUGAAGUGGAUGUUCAAGGAAGACCACGCGCUGGAGCACAGAUGUGUCGAGUCUGCAAAAAUCCGAGCCAAAUACCCCGACCGUGUCCCGGUCAUAGUGGAGAAGGUCUCAGGAUCUCAGAUUGUUGAUAUUGACAAGAGGAAGUACUUAGUUCCGUCUGACAUCACCGUGGCCCAGUUCAUGUGGAUCAUCAGGAAGAGGAUUCAACUGCCAUCUGAGAAGGCAAUAUUCCUCUUUGUAGACAAGACUGUCCCACAAUCCAGCUUAACUAUGGGACAACUUUAUGAGAAGGAAAAGGAUGAAGACGGAUUCUUGUAUGUUGCCUAUAGUGGAGAGAACACAUUUGGUUUCUGAAUGGUGCCCUUGGAUUUUGUGGGAGAGGGUGGAAAAACCAGCUAAUUGACCUUAUUGCGCAGUGCUGGAGUUCACACUGAUAUUAAAGGAUAACACUUGGUUGAAGAAGUAGCAUCACUUUGACCUUCCUAAGCCAGCAAGGAAAUGCUAAAUACAGUUUAGAUUCCUAAUAAAAGCUUUAAUUCAU